CCCAGUUGUGGCUUCGCCUUGUUUUCUCCGCUCAGAUGUGGACUUAGGACUUCAGCUGCAGCCCGUCAGAAAAGUUCAUUUACCUCAGACAAAAUGUCAGCGACAGACUGGCUGUCAAAGAGGCUGACAUUUUGACAUAAUGGAGGCGCCUUCGAGUGAAUUUAGCCGCCUGUGCACGUUUGAGAGCUUUAAGGAAAUCUGGCCUUAUUACAGUUUCGGGUUUGAGCAGCAGGAGCUCAUCCGCCGCGAGUUCUCCAGGAUCAGAGAUAUUACCUACCUUGAUCAUGCGGGGGCAACUUUAUUUGCUGAAUCCCAGGUCAAGGCAUUUUAUGAAGAUCUAUCCAGGAAUGUGUACGGUAACCCUCACAGUCUCAAUCCCAGCAGUAAGCUGACACAUGAUACAGUGGAGAGGGUCAGAUACAGGAUACUGGAGCACUUUAACACCAGCCCUGAGGAAUACUCGGUCAUAUUCACUCCUGGCUGCACUGCAGCUAUUAAAUUAGUGGCUGACUCUUUCCCUUGGAUGCCUCAUUCUGAUAAACAUUCAGGAAGUCAAUUCUGCUACCUCACGGACAAUCACACAUCAGUAGUGGGCAUUCGGGGGAUAACCAGACCUCAAGGAGUGGGAACAAUGUCUGUCCUUCCUCAGGAAAUAGAAGCAAGAUCCAAAACUAGUCAAGUCACGACGAGCACAGAAGAUGAAUGCUUGGUGGCACAUCUUUUCUGUUAUCCUGCUCAGAGCAAUUUUUCUGGCCGUAAAUAUCCACUGAGCUAUGUGAGAGGGAUUCAGUGUCAGCACCUCUACCCAGCGUGCGAGCACAAAGGUCGAUGGUUUGUUCUGCUGGAUGCUUCUGGUUUCAUUGGAUGCUCACCACUGGACCUGAAACAACACCCAGCUGACUUUGUGCCCAUCUCUUUCUAUAAAAUGUUUGGAUUCCCCACUGGGCUUGGAGCCUUGCUGGUGAGGAAUGAAGCAGCAGGGCUGUUGAAAAAGGCGUAUUUCGGUGGAGGGACUGCAGCAGCUUAUCUGGUGGGAGAAGAUUACUUUGUGCCCAAAUCAGACAUAAUUAGCAGAUUUGAAGAUGGAACCAUUUCUUUCCUUGAUAUUAUUUCCCUACACCAUGGGUUUGAUGCUCUGCACAGACUGACCGGAAACAUGAUGAACAUACAGCAUCACACAUUUGGCCUAGCUCGUUACACCUACCUCAUACUGUCUUGCCUGUGCCACAGCAAUGCACAGCCUGUGGCUCAGAUCUAUUGUGACAGUGAGUUUGAAAAUGCAACAGAUCAGGGAGCAAUCCUCAACUUUAACUUGCUGGACUCCUGUGGCCAAGUGAUUGGAUAUUACCAGGUGGACAAAAUGGCCUGUCUGUUCAACAUCCAUUUGCGCACAGGCUGUUUCUGUAACACAGGUGCCUGCCAGGCAUAUCUAGGCAUCAGUAACCAAGAGGUGAAGAGUAACCUACAGGCUGGCCAUAUUUGUGGAGACAACAUUGACCUGAUUGAUGGACGUCCAACAGGAUCUGUCCGCAUAUCCUUUGGGUAUAUGUCAACGUUCGAAGACUGUCAGUGUUUAUUUAAGUUUAUUGUUGACUGCUUUGUGGAAAAACCACUAAGACUAGACCAAAAGAGACUAUCAAGGUUAAAAACAGCUGGAAUGGCAGAUACCUCAUAUUCAAAUGAGCUGACCUCAUUACCGAUCGAGCGACCUGUGCCUGUGGUGAAUGGCCUAAAUAUUUCUCCUGCUCAUGUCACCAAGACCUCAUCACAUGAAACUGUUUCAAAGAAGAAUAAGAACAGUACAGAUGCUUAUAAACUGAGCAAUAUUUACAUAUAUCCCAUAAAGUCAUGUGCUGCAUUUGAGGUGACAGAAUGGCCUUUAGGGCCUCAGGGGCUCUUGUACGACCGCAUGUGGAUGGUGGUGAAUGAGAAUGGAGUAUGUCUGAGUCAAAAAAGAGAACCCAAACUAUGUCUCAUCCAUCCACAGAUCUGCCUAACCUCUAAGACACUGUGCUUGCAAGCCUCAGGUAUGGAGCCGAUUACUCUUCCUCUGGAGAUCAGUAAAGAAAAGCAUGGGCCUCGAACAUGUCAAAGCAAAGUCUGUGGUGACAGGGUACAGACUGUCGACUGUGGAGAAGAAGUAUCAGUUUGGCUGUCUAAAUUCCUGGAAAAACCUUGUUGUCUCAUCAGACAGAGUCCCAGCUUUGUCCGGGAUAUGAAAAUGGGCACAGGAAAAGCGCCCUGCCUUCCCGAACUCUCUCUGGUGAAUGAGGCUCAGUUUUUGCUAAUAAACAGAGCCAGUGUGGCUUUUUUGCUCAACCGAAUCAUUAACAGGCAUGACAGCUCAGAUAAUUGCACCUCUUUCGACAUACUGCAACUCAUCAAUCGUUUUCGGGCGAAUCUCGUUAUCUCAGGCUCAGAGCCGUUUGAAGAAGAUGAUUGGAGAAGUGUAAAAAUAGGAGGCACACAUUUUCAGGUGGCAGGCAAGUGUAGUCGCUGCCAGAUGAUUGGAAUAGAUCAGACUUCUGGUGCUAAAUCGCAAGAGCCUCUCAGAUCUCUGUCUGAUUGCCGGAGUGGAAAGAUCACAUUUGGAGUAUACUUGAAUCACCUUUUACAGAGAUCCAGUAUAUAUCCUACUUUAUCUGUUGGCUCCCAUUUAACAGUUGAAAAUGACAGCUGACUUUUAGAAAACUUGAGGUCUGUGUAUAAAACUUAGGCUUCAUCUGUUGCUGUAUAAUUUUGUGACUGUAAAACUGUAUUUUACUGACAAUAAAACCAUGCAAAGUGAAUUUAUGAUGAUUUUUACCAUCCUUAACACAGCAAGGUCUGGCUCCUACAAAAUUGUGCAAAAUCUAAUGCAGUGCUUUUCCCCAAAGACUACAAUAGUAAGAGUGAGAGUGCUUUUUCUGAACCUAGAACACACAGAGAUAAAAUAAUUGUUAUUGAUUCUAAACUCUCUAAUGGAUUAUCGCUGCUAAGUACAUUAUGCAAAUCUUUUAAUGCAUGUUAAUGAAUGUUUCGUGCUGCUGUUGUUGUCUAAAACAUGCUGAUGGCAUUAGUGUCGUUUAAACUGAGGGGAGAAGUAAACAUCAACCCUUCACUUGCACACACUCCCACUCACUCAGUCAUUCUCCAUACUGCUUAUUCUGUAUAGGGUUGCAGGAAGCCUGGGGCCUAUCCCAGGAGACUUGGUCCAAUUUAUCACAGUACUAACCACUACAGCAUCUCAACCCAUCACAUCUGUUCAAAACAACUAAAAGAAAUAAUAAUAAUAAUAAAACAAGGCACAGUUAUUAUACUCUGAUUAACACAGUUAGUUCUGCAUAGAGAACUGGUAUUUUAAUGUAAAUAAGAAUUAUUAUGUCUAUUGCUGUCAGUUCAUUUGGCAUAAGAAAAUGUUGCUAAUAAACCAUGUAAUAAUAUCCUACUGUGGGAAUAAGUAUGUUAUUGUGGUCUGCCAGGUUAUCCUUUGGAUUUUUUUGGGAUUGCUACAAUCUGUAUUCUAUCGCGAUACAGUAGUUGAGGUACAAGAUUGUGUUUAAUAGCCGACCAUGUGAUAUGGGCAAGCAUAUAGAGUACUGUGAAAAAGGAUUGAGGCAGAUGUAGUCUUGAGGAAUAAUUCUCUAGGGUUUCUGAACUCUCAUCAGAGUCCAGUCCCAGUAAGUGACCAGUAUCAGAUUAAUGUUUUUGUUUGUUAAACCGCACAAAUAAGUGCUUGGAACAGAUAAGAGGGAAAAAUUGUAUCUUUGCAGCCUGUUACAGUAAAUCA